CAAAAAAAUGGCUAAACCCGCCGUUCUCCUCUGCCUUGUGUCUCUCAUCUCAGCAAUGUGGACGGCCGCUGCUAGAAUUCCCGGCGCCUACUCCGGUGGCCCAUGGCAAACCGCUCACGCCACCUUCUACGGCGGCUCCGACGCAUCCGGCACAAUGGGUGGGGCUUGUGGGUAUGGGAAUUUGUACAGCCAAGGGUACGGGGUGAACACGGCGGCGUUGAGUACGGCGCUAUUCAACAAUGGGCUGAGCUGUGGCGCGUGUUUCGAGAUCAAAUGUGCGAAUGACCCGAGAUGGUGCCAUUCGGGUAGCCCGUCGAUUGUCAUUACGGCUACCAACUUCUGCCCGCCCAACUUUGCUCUGCCCAGUGACAAUGGCGGCUGGUGUAACCCUCCUCGCCCGCAUUUCGAUUUGGCCAUGCCUAUGUUUCUCAAGAUCGCUGAAUAUCGCGCCGGUAUCGUCCCCGUCGCCUACCGCCGGGUGUCAUGCCGGAAGCAAGGGGGGAUCCGGUUCACAAUCCAUGGGUUUAGGUACUUCAACUUGGUUUUAAUCACGAACGUCGCGGGUGCAGGGGAUAUCGUGAAGGUGAGCGUGAAGGGCACGCGAACCGGGUGGAUGAGAAUGAGCCGGAACUGGGGUCAAAACUGGCAGUCAAACGCCGUGUUGGUGGGCCAGGCACUGUCUUUUAGAGUCACAGGCAGUGACAGACGGACAUCCACCACGUAUAACGUGGCGCCAGAUGAUUGGCAGUUUGGUCAGACCUUCAUCGGCAAGAAUUUUAGGGUUUGAAACGAGGAGAGGACAGACCAAUAAGAGUGAAGAGUUGGGAUUUGACGUGGCGUGAGGUGAUUGGAGUAUUCUUGAGUGUGAAGUAAAUAUAUGACGUGGAAGAAGGCUGGGGAGGCUGAACAAAAGUGUGGUCCACAGUCCAACAUGAUAUAAUAUAUUUAUUUUUAUAAUUAAUGUGUUCCCAAGCAUUUUUAUUUAACAACAAAAUGAAUUAUGUAUUUUAGCUACUUUUUUAUAUACUAGAUUAAUUGUUAAUUUAAGCUCAA